CUCUCGGGGCCUGAGGGGCGCGCGAGCCGGGAGAGGGGGGCUCUGCCAGCGUCGGGGCCACGCAGCCACCUGUGAGGCUCCUGCAACUGCGGGCGGCGGCGGCAUCACCGGCCGGAGACAGGAGGAGACGCCCCGCGCACCCCGCCCGCCGGCCCGCCAGGCACACACACACUCGCACCCGCGCACACACGCACAGCCAGCCGGCAAGGGCGGCUGCCGCGAUGCUCGCUAGCAGGUCGGGGAAGUUUCCCGCCGGCCUUGGCCGCGGGCCCCCGCGCUCCCAGGUGUAACGCCCCCGCGCAGCACGGGCGGCUGGGCGUCUCCAGCAUGACCGGCCAGAGCCUGUGGGACGCGACGGAGGCCAACGUCGAAGAUGUAGAGAUCCGCAUCAAUGUGGGCGGCUUCAAAAGAAGGCUGCGCUCGCAUACGCUGCUGCGCUUCCCAGAGACGCGCCUGGGCCGCCUCCUGCUCUGCCAUUCGCGCGAGGCCAUUCUGGAGCUCUGUGAUGACUACGACGACGUCCAGCGUGAGUUCUACUUCGACCGCAACCCCGAGCUUUUCCCCUACGUGUUGCAUUUCUACCACACUGGCAAGCUUCAUGUCAUGGCCGAGCUGUGCGUCUUCUCCUUCAGCCAGGAAAUCGAGUACUGGGGCAUCAACGAGUUCUUUAUCGACUCCUGCUGCAGCUACAGCUACCAUGGCCGCAAAGUGGAGCCUGAGCAGGAGAAGUGGGACGAGCAGAGCGACCAGGAGAGCACCACGUCCUCCUUCGAUGAAAUCCUGGCCUUCUACAACGACGCCUCCAAGUUUGAUGGGCAGCCCCUGGGCAACUUUCGCAGACAGCUGUGGCUGGCGCUGGACAACCCCGGCUACUCGGUCCUGAGCAGGGUCUUCAGCGUUCUGUCCAUCCUGGUGGUGUUGGGGUCCAUCAUCACCAUGUGCCUCAAUAGCCUGCCGGACUUCCAGAUCCCUGACAGCCAGGGCAACCCUGGCGAGGACCCCAGGUUUGAAAUCGUGGAGCACUUUGGCAUUGCAUGGUUCACAUUUGAGCUGGUGGCCAGAUUUGCUGUGGCCCCGGACUUCCUCAAGUUCUUUAAGAAUGCUCUAAACCUUAUCGACCUCAUGUCCAUUGUCCCCUUUUACAUCACUCUGGUGGUGAACCUGGUGGUGGAGAGCACACCUACCUUGGCCAACUUGGGCAGGGUGGCCCAGGUCCUGAGGCUGAUGCGGAUUUUCCGUAUCUUGAAGCUUGCCAGACACUCCACUGGCCUCCGUUCCCUGGGGGCCACCUUGAAAUACAGCUACAAAGAAGUAGGGCUGCUCUUGCUUUACCUCUCUGUGGGGAUUUCCAUCUUCUCUGUGGUGGCCUACACCAUUGAAAAAGAGGAGAAUGAGGGCCUGGCCACCAUCCCCGCCUGCUGGUGGUGGGCCACCGUCAGUAUGACCACUGUGGGAUAUGGGGACGUGGUCCCGGGGACCACAGCAGGGAAGCUGACCGCCUCUGCCUGCAUCUUGGCAGGUAUCCUAGUGGUAGUGCUGCCCAUCACCUUGAUCUUCAAUAAGUUCUCCCACUUUUACAGGCGCCAGAAGCAACUUGAGAGUGCCAUGCGCAGCUGUGACUUUGGGGAUGGAAUGAAGGAGGUCCCUUCAAUCAAUUUAAGGGACUACUAUGCCCAUAAAGUUAAAUCCCUCAUGGCAAGCCUGACGAACAUGAGCAGGAGCUCACCAAGUGAACUAAGUUUGAAUGAUUCCCUACAUUAGUUGAGAGGACUUGACAUCGUCAACUUCACAUUGCUGAGCUGCCUUUUGUGCCUCUGGCACAGUCCAGGCACCUUACAGUUAUGACGUAAGGAGUAUGCUCAAGCCCAAAGGGGAGAGAUGCAUGGGAUAUGCACCCCAGGUUGCUUUUACAGUAUUUAGACGAUGGUGUGUCUGACACCAUGCCUUUGCACCUUUCAAUGAAAUGACACUCACUGGUCUUUGGAUUGUGGGCAUAAAAUGUUCACCUUUCUGCCGGAUGAGUACCACCCAGAAUGCGAAUUUUUCUGUUCAUUGUGUACACUGUUCUAGUGCUCUUGGUCCAGUGCUGUCUGUGAGUUGUUUGUGCUCCUGUU